AAAAAAAAUAAUCUAAAAGUUCCGUUUUCUGUGGAUAGAAAUAUUUCUCAAUUGUUAAGAAUUGAUAGAAAUUUAUAAGAUAAUGACGAAAUUACUACUCUUCCUCUGUUCGCUCCUAGCCUUCCAAAUGUCGCCAUUUAUAUUUGGCCGCGAUCUAGACCUGCCUCAACAGCGAAGAUAUGGCGAUAUACCUAACGAGGUUAUUUCGCCCAAAGUGGAUCAUAAUGAUAUUCUCCCCCAACACCUAUUCUCGUCGCUGGCCGUCUCGACGUCGCUCGGAUACCACGUGGACCCUUUCGAGAUGUUCCACGAGUUCAUGAGACUUUUCAAUAAAACUUACCAAAACGAGAAGGAAAAAUUGAUCAAAUUUGCCACAUUUAUGAAGAACGCCGAGAUAAUCGCGGAACAUAAUUUGAAUCACCUCAGGGGAUUGGUCACCUACAAACUCGAUUUCAAUUUUUAUUCCGAUUGGAACAACAAAGAUUUCGUGAAAGUUCACAACGGGAUGAAGCCUGCCCUUGCGAGGCGAAAAAAUUACCUGCAAUAUUCUUCGGGGGAAUGGUUCAAACCUCACCCCGACUUCACCAUCUCGCCCCCGUCGGAUCUGAACAAAUCCGUCGAUUGGAGACUGCUAGGAGCCGUUACUCCCGUCAAAAAUCAAGGCGAAUGUGGAUCUUGUUGGGCUUUUAGCGCUACUGGCUCAUUAGAGGGCCAAUAUUACAUCAAAAAUGGUUUUAACAAGCUAGUGAGUCUCAGCGAACAAAACUUGCUCGACUGUUCCUUUAAAUUCGGCAAUGAAGGCUGUAACGGUGGCCUAAUGGAUAACGCUUUCGAGUACAUCAAGGUGAACAAAGGGCUAGACACCGAAGCUAGUUACCCCUAUAAGGCUAGGGAGAACAAAAGGUGUCUGUUUUCUCGUUCGCAUGUUGGAGCGAGUGAUUAUGGCUUCGUAGAUUUACCGACUGGCAACGAAUGGGCAUUGGCGGAAGCCGUAGCCGCUAUAGGUCCCAUCUCCAUAGGCGUAGACGCUAGUCACGUUUCUUUCCAAUUCUAUAGAUCUGGUAUAUACCAAAACAUUCACUGCUCCAACGUCACGCUAGAUCACGGCGUGCUCAUUGUUGGUUACGGUUCCGACCUUGAUGGCGAUUAUUGGCUCGUUAAAAACAGCUGGGGAAGUUCUUGGGGAGACAAAGGUUACAUCAAAAUAGCCAGAAACAAGGAUAAUAUGUGUGGAGUGGCUACACAAGCUAGUCUACCUAUAGAGAAAAAAAACGAGUUUAAUACACAUUUCAAUAAAUCAGAAUAUAUAUAUUUAAUUACACAAAGAAAUUCACUAAAAAAAAUGGCAAAAUUACUACUCCUCUUCUGUUCGAUCUUAGCUUUCCAAAUGUCGCCAUUUAUAAAUGGCCGCGAUCUUGACCUGCUCCAAUCUCGAAAACAUGACCACUUACCUAACGAGGUGGCUUCACCCAAUAUGGAUCUCAAUAAUAUUCUCCCCCAACGGCUAUUCUCGUCGCUGGCCAUCUCCACGUCUCUCGGAUAUCACGUGGACCCUUUCGACAUGUUCCACGAGUUCAUGCGACUUUACAAUAAAACUUACCAAAAUGAGCAAGAAAAAUUGAUCAAAUUUGCCAUAUUUAUGAAGAACGCCGAGUUAAUCGCGGAACAUAAUUUGAAGCAUCUCAAGGGAUUGGUCACCUACAAACUCGAUUUCAAUGUUUACGCCGAUUGGGACAACAAAGAGUUUGUGAAAGUUCACAACGGGAUGAAACCAGCCCUUGCAAGGAGACCCAAAAAUAUCCUGCAAUAUUCGUCAGGAGUAUGGUUCAAACCUCAUCCCAACUUCACCAUCUCACCGCCGUCCGAUCUCAACACAUCCGUCGAUUGGAGACUUCUUGGAGCCGUUACUCCUGUCAAAGAUCAAAGACACUGUGGAUCUUGUUGGGCUUUUAGUGCCACUGGCGCUUUGGAGGGCCAAUAUUUCAUCAAAAAUGGCUAUACCGACUUAGUGAGUCUCAGUGAACAAAACUUAGUGGAUUGUUCCUUCGCAUUUGGCAAUGAAGGCUGUAACGGUGGCCUGAUGGAUAACGCUUUCGAAUAUAUCAAGGUAAACAAAGGGCUGGACACAGAAGAGAGUUACCCCUAUAAGGCUACGGAGUCGAUAAAAUGUCUAUUUUCUCGUUCCGAUGUUGGAGCGAGUGAUUAUGGUUUCGUAGACUUACCUGAGGGCAACGAAUGGGCUUUGGCCGAAGCCGUAGCCGGUAUAGGCCCCAUCUCGAUAGGCGUAGACGCUAGCGGAUCGACUUUCCAAUUCUAUAAAUCUGGUAUAUAUGAAAGCAAUUUAUGCUCCAGCACCCAGCUAGAUCACGGUGUGCUCGUUGUUGGUUACGGUUCCGAACUCGGUGUCGAUUAUUGGAUCGUUAAAAACAGCUGGGGAAUUAAUUGGGGACAUGAAGGUUACAUUAAAAUAGCCAGAAACAAGGAAAAUAUGUGUGGAGUAGCUUCGCAAGCUAGUUUACCUAUAGAGAAAAAAAAUGAGGUAUGGAAAUGAAUACGAGAGAACGCUGAAAAUAUCUAAAAUUUUUUUGUUUUAUAAUUUUUUAUAAAUAUAAUUAUAUUUAUCGUAGUUGUAACAUUAUUUUAAGUAUAUCUUGCUUAUUAUUCUUCAAAGCAAUCUUACUUUAUAUGUAUAUUA